UUUAAAUGGCUUUGAGGAGCCGUACCUCGGAGGUGGGGCUGCGCCGGGAGCUGGAGCGUCUCGGCUCGCCGCGGCCGGAGCAGCGUACGUAUAUGUGUGUGUGUCCGGGGUGUGAUGCGCGGUGCGCUGGGGACGGAGCCGGGAGCGCUGUCGGUGCCGCGGGAACUCCUCCGGGCUCCGCCGUGCCUUUAAAGCACGGGAAGGAAGGGAUGCUGCGUGUCUGUUUGGGGAGUUCGGGAGGGAUGUAGUUUGGCUCGGGGCGCUUCGAUGCGAUGGUAGGCAUUUAAAAACCAACCAAACAAACCGGCACUUCAGGCUGAGUAAGAGGCUCGUGAAAAACACCGUGCAUGCAGAUGAGCGGGACGCAGCCGGCUCCGCGCUGCUCCACGCCGGGCAGCGCUGUCACUCGGCCCCGGCCCCGGGGCCGCCGCCGGGGGAGACCGUGACCCCGGGACGGGGGUCGGCGUGCGCGGCUCGGGCGGAGGUCCGCUCCGGAGCGGGGGGAGGAGGAGCGGGAGGAGGAGGAGGAAGAGGAGGAGGAGGAGGAGGGAUGGCCGCAGCAGCAGGCUGUGCUCUGCCCGGUGCGUGCGGUUCGCACGGCGCUCGAGGUGUCGUUGCGUCGGGCUGGGGGAGAGGUGCCCGGGCUGAAGUGUUCUGACCGCUCUCUUCCUAGGGGCUGCGGAUCCGCCGCGCACUUCCCUCCGAUGUGAGCGCAGUGUCCCCUGUGGGAUGCAGUAGGUGAUGCCCAGCUCUACUGCAAUGGCAAUUGGAGCUCUCUCCAGCUCUCUCCUGGUAACCUGCUGCCUCAUGGUCGCCCUCUGUAGCUCCACCAUCCCCCUGCAGAAGCUGGCCAGGGCACAGGACAAGCAGGAGAUCAAGGCCGGCCAGGAGAAGAGGGACCACGCGUCGGCGAGGGACAGCCAGGCCGGCGCGGGGAAAGUGGGCGAGAUCGGCCGCAGCGGGAGGGAGGAGGGCGGCAGGGACUGGAAGAGCAAAGGCGGCAGGAACUACUCCAACAAGGAGUCGUGGACCAAGCAGAAGCAGGCUUGGAGCAGCCAGGGGACGGGCGGCAAGCCCGCCAGCGUGCCGGCCCAGGAGCAGCGGGACAUGGCGGCCGAGGCGCCUCGUCCGGCCGAGGCCUCGUCGCUGCCGGCGGCAGUGGCCAGCGCUACCCCGGAGCCCCUGGAGGAGUACGCUUACCCGGACUACCGCGGGAAGGGCUGCGUGGAUGAGAGCGGCUUCGUCUACGCCAUCGGGGAGAAGUUUGCGCCGGGCCCGUCGGCCUGCCCCUGCCUGUGCACGGAGGAGGGCCCGCUGUGCAUGCAGCCCGAGUGCCCCAGGCUCCACCCUCGGUGCGUGCAUGUGGACACCACGCAGUGCUGCCCGCAGUGCAAGGAGAGGAAGAACUACUGCGAGUUUCGGGGGAAGACCUACCAGAGCCUCGAGGAGUUCAUGGUUUCUCCAUGUGAGAAGUGUCGCUGUGAAGCCAAUGGUGAAGUGCUGUGCACUGUGUCAGCUUGUCCCCAGACCGAGUGCGUGGAUCCAGUAUAUGAACCUGAUCAGUGCUGUCCUAUCUGCAAAAAUGGUCCAAACUGCUUUGCAGAAACCACUGUCAUUCCUGCAGGCCGAGAGGUGAAGACUGACGAAUGCACUAUAUGUCACUGCACUUACGAAGAAGGCACGUGGAGAAUUGAACGACAAGCUAUGUGCACUAGACAUGAAUGCAAACAAAUAUAGGAAAUCUACCAGUCCAAGAACUCUCAUGGUUUUUAUAAACUAUCUCACAGCAGUGAGCACUGUGGAUGACCCAGGGAAAUCGGAAUGAGAAGAUUCUGGUGAGGAGCAAAUUGACUAUGGAUACUUUGUUUUUCACAGUCACGUAAUUCUGCAAGGCAAAGCAGUGCGUAUAUUUAAAUAAAGUUUGGACAUAAGAAUACUUGUCUUAAUAAAUGUGUUAUUUUCACAGUGAGUACACUAAAAUACACUCUAUAAAAUAUUCUAUGUAUUUCUAUAAUAACAUUAUAGAGCUUAAAAAUA